AAAUCAUAAUUAAUGGCCAUUGGUUUCCUUCCGCUUUGUUUGGCUAGUCAAAGCCCAGUUAAGUGCACUCCAGGCGCCAUCAUAAUUGCAUCGUGGCAGGGUGGCUCUUUCAAAUCUUUACGAUGGCUUUAAAAUUCUGGAGGGCCGCUGCGCACAUGCUUGUAAUAAUAGGCCUCUCAUGUUGAGCAUCCUAUUCGCUUGUUGCUCAACUUAGUGGUUAUGCUCCGAGAGUCGUGUUUAGUGCUUGUACUGCACAAGAGUGGAUGCGUCCACAGCCUUGUCAAACCACAGAUAAUUUUGUCCAUUCUCUUACAUCUAGUGUGAGUCGUGAGUCAUUGCCCACUCGCUUCUACAGCAAGCACAUCUACAAUAUGAACACUCGCGUUCGCGAAAACCCCUUUUCAGAAACCAACUUGGGCAUCACCAAGUGUUUCUGCGGAAAUCUGACGGUGGAGAAUCACGAUUUCUGCUUUUGCUCUCCGGAGUGUGCUCGUGCGGAUGCAUUGGCCGCCCUCGGGGGAGAAGAUUCCCACUAUCGGAAAGUCGUGCGGAAGGCGUAUGUCAGGUGUGGUGCUCGGCCGCCUGCCAUAUACAAGCCCAAGACAGAGGAGAAAACUCCGGCUGCGAAGCAUAUUCCAGUCAUCCCCGUCCCUCCGAGUCAACUUGCCAAUGCAACGUAUCAGCAUAAUAACCAAAAUAUAGGUGACCUGAAUGAUAGGUCUGCCAAAAAAGAGAAGGUGUUCCCUACGCUGGCUCAAGUGACGACCGCCGUUCUUGCUCGAAAGGCAAAGCAAGGAGGCGCAGCAGCGAUCGAGACUUCGGUGAAUAUUCCCCAAGCCGCCGUCCAGAUAUCCUUCGAUGCGCUUCCCGUUGCCCCUCCCCCACGUAUCCAACGAACUAUGCCGGGGCUUGAUCGGGGCGCUCAUAAAUUACCAUUUACACAAUUGCGUAGUGCGCCACGGCAAAUUAUCCCACUAAAAGGCGAUGACAAAACCAGUGCCCUCAGAAGUCAACCGUCAAUCCUUCAUCCGGUAGCCGAAGACAGAGGAAGGAGGAACGGCGAUCGUGUUCCUCUUCCCCGAAAGCCGGAUCUUCGCGCACAAGAAAGGCCGAUGCUUCCGCGCCUUCAACGACCAGUGCUUCAAAACGCGACCGCUACAAUCCAACCUCCCGGUAGUCUUCGCCGCUCGGCUUCAUUCGCAGGUUGGCACAGCCCAGCUGAGCAUCACAAUCGUGUCCCAGAGGAGGGCGAAUCUCUCGAGGAAUUAUUCGACCAACUCAAGGAUAUUCGAACUUGGAUUGAAGGAUGGGAUGGUACACCAGACUAUAAUAAAAAGCCGCACAGGGUGCGAUUGGAAUAAUUAGACAUCGAUGAGGUGUAGGUCCCAGAGUGACCCGAAAAGUUUUCUGGUUGUUGUUUUGUAAACGACAAACGAUAUAUAAUUGGCUGACUACGCUACGGAUGUAACUAAGGUACUAUACGUACAGUAAGUACAUCGUCAGCUCAUUGAUGAGAAAAAGGGGUGCCUACAAUGUAAAUGUGUACAGGAUAUUACCUAGUAUUUUGUAGAGGUCCCGAUGUCGUCUUGCAAUCACUUACUGCGGAAAUGAGAAAUUAACCUAAUAGGUUUGAGGUAGAUGUAGCAAUGAUAAAUCCUGAUAAAGGUAGAGAUAAACGUUCUGGACGACUGAAGGACUCCACGAAAAAAAGAAGAAUCUGGUAUAAACUUGAUGAGGGUCGGGUUGUGAAGAAUCACUGAAGAUGUUGUCUUUCCGAAGCUUGGUGGAAUAUCGUUA